AUGUCUAGAGGUAUGCCUACUGACUACUAUGUCCAGGCGAUCCGCCGGAAGCUGGAGAGCGACCUCUCCAAGAAGAAGCACCUCACCGGCCGUGCUAGGCACACCCGAAAGGCUCCUCCCGGAACCGUCCUCGCCCUGAAGCCCAGCCAGGCCCUCCAGAUCAAGCCCCAGACAACCGUUGCCGAGGCUGCCCAGUUGAUGGCCGCGAAGAGAGAGGACUGCGUGCUAGUCACCGACGACGAUGAUAGAAUCGCGGGUAUCUUUACGGCCAAGGACUUGGCCUUCCGGGUCGUGGGAGCCGGACACAAGGCAGUCAACGUGACCAUCGCCGAGAUCAUGACCAAGAACCCGUUGUGCGCCCGAACCGACACCAGUGCCACCGAUGCCCUCGACCUAAUGGUGCGCAAGGGCUUCCGUCACUUGCCCGUAAUGGACGAGAACCAGGACAUCUCGGGUAUUCUCGAUAUCACAAAGUGUUUCUACGAUGCGAUGGAGAAGCUGGAGAGGGCCUACUCUUCCUCGAGGAAGCUGUAUGAUGCGCUCGAGGGUGUCCAGUCAGAACUUGGAUCCAGCCAACCCCAGCAGAUCAUUCAGUAUGUCGAGGCCCUGCGAUCCAAGAUGUCGGGUCCCACCUUGGAGUCUGUCUUGAACGGCGAGCCCCCAGUCACAGUCAGCGUCAGGACUCCAGUCAGGGACGCCGCCCAGAUGAUGAAGGAGAACCACACCACUGCAGUCCUGGUUCAGGACAACGGCGCCAUCACGGGCAUUUUCACCAGCAAGGAUGUCGUUCUCCGUGUCAUCGCUCCUGGCUUGGACCCAGCCACUUGCAGUGUCGUCCGUGUUAUGACCCCUCACCCUGACUUUGCUCCUAUCGACAUGAGCAUCCAGGCAGCUCUCCGGAAGAUGCACGAUGGUCAUUACCUUAACCUCCCUGUCAUGAACGAUGGCGGUGAGAUCGUUGGCAUGGUCGAUGUACUCAAGCUGACCUACGCGACUUUGGAGCAAAUCAACGGCAUGUCCACAACGGACAGCGAGGGCCCUGCAUGGAACAAGUUCUGGCUGUCCCUCGACCACGAGACGGAAUCCAUGGUUUCUGGCGACGGCACCCACCACGAUCGCAGCCACGUUGGCUCGCGCUCGCUGAUGUCCCCCGAUCUCAAUAGGGAACGUAUCUUGGACAGCGUCGCACCUGGCGACUCGGCCUCCCACGCUGGAGUCGACUCGCCCCCGCAGAGCGCCCUGGCACACUCCCCGGAGCUGCCACCCAGCGAGCUGCCGUUCCCCUUCAAAUUUAAGACCCCAAGCGGCCGCACACAUCGUCUUCAAGUGAUUGCCUCGCAGGGCAUGGAUACUUUUGUUGUGAAUGUCAUCUCGAAGCUCGGUUCCGAGGUUGACUCUGUUGGUGGCGCACCCACGGUCGAGGACGGCAAGCUGUCCUCCACCGGGUUCGCGCUUAGCUAUCUGGAUGACGAGGGUGACUCGGUAUCCAUCACGACUGACCAGGACCUGCUGGAAGCGAUCCUCCUCGCACGUCAGAGCCACCACGACAAGGUGGAUCUUUUUGUCCAUGAUCCCGAGAAACCCCCUAUUGCGGCCGUACCCACUCCCGCUCCAGAGCCCGUCAUCCCCACGCCCCCGGCGUCUAGUGUUCUGCGGGAGCGCAGGAGGAGGAACUACGACGGCGAGGACGACAGCGAGGAGGAUGAGAGCGAGGACGAGUCGCCACGGGGCGCGCGGGCCAGGAGACACCGCAGCAGGCACGCGCCUCCAGAGCAGGUGGUCCCUGGUGUUCCCAACGAAUUGCUCCUCCCCGGUGCGAUUGCAACGCUCGCGAUUGUUAUUGUGGCGACCUUCACUAUUGGCCGCAUGUCAAGCCGAUAG